UCUCUCAUUUCGGUAUCCAUCUCGCAGCUCUCUCCCUCUCCAUCUCUGCUGCUUCAACAUUUUCUCUACCGACAUUGUAACAUCCGACUUCCGGACAAGACCUGUAAUCUCGCUCCCAAAACGAUGUCGUACGAUGAGGACGAGGAGGCGUUCGAGCACACGCUCCUCGUCGUCCGCGAGGUCUCCGUGUUCAAGAUCCCUCCCCGCCCCACCAGCGGCGGCUACAAGUGCGGAGAGUGGCUCCAGUCCGAUAAGAUCUGGACCGGACGCCUCCGAGUCGUCUCCUGUAACUCACGCUGCGAGAUCCGCCUCGAGGACCCCAGCUCCGGCGACCUCUUCGCCGCCUGCUUCGUCAACCCGGGCCAGAGGGAGAUCGCCGUCGAGCCGGCGCUGGAUUCCUCCAGGUACUUCGUGCUGAGGAUCGAGGACGGGCGUGGGAAGCACGCGUUCAUAGGGCUGGGGUUCAAUGAGAGGAACGAGGCGUUCGAUUUCAAUGUGGCGCUGUCGGAUCACGAGAAGUACGUGAAGAGGGAGGUAGAGAAGGAGGCGGGAGGCGACGGCGCCGGGGAAGGUGGAGAGGAUGGGCAGAUCGAUAUUCAUCCGGCCGUGCACCAUAGACUUAAGAAAGUUCAGGUUGAGAUCUUUGUAAAACCUGCUAAAUCUGAGGAAGGCGAAACAAUUCGAAUAAAUGUAAAGAAUAAGCCAUCUAGUGGGGCAGGCAUGCUAUCUGCUGCUGGAAAAUCCAAAACUAUAGGCCUUGCUUCGCCACCAAGCGCGGCCAUGAAAAUAAGGUCCCCUCUUCCUCCUCCGCCCAAUGAUCCUGCUGCUGCUAGAAUGACUUCAACCAAUCAUGGUGGUGGUUUGAACAGAGCCAAAGAUAACUCGAGCAACUCCAGUGAUUUUCUUUCAGAUCUUUCUCAACUCAAGAAAGAUCUUCCUUCUACUGGUGGAACAGAACCAACUAAGAGCUCUGCAGCUGGUUGGGCAGCAUUUUGAGGAUGGAUUUACGACCUGCCCUUUUUUGUUCCUACUGAUGUUGUAUUUACAAAUGAGAACAUCAAAAAUAGAAAUGCCAAAAGUUGGAAAUUCUAACAUUUGCGUGUAUCUUCCAUCGGACAAAUGCAUACAUGAAAUCAUAAACAUUUCUUUGGUCCCCAUAAUAUAAAGUAUCAUUGUCUGCUAUCCCUGGUCUUUUUGUAUGCUAAGAUACCCUUCUUGCUUUUAUUUAUGUACUAGU